GUACAAAGGCUAGAGGCGCUCCAGCGUGACAGCGAGAAGAGCUGUGCCGGGAACCCUCAGCCGUGAACGGGAAGUGUAACGUACGCGCCAAGGAAACGGAAUACCGAAAAUAAGUGAAAGUGAGCACUGGGGACUGGUAUCAUAAUGUGGCGUUUGUGGGGUGAUGGACGAUCAGGCUUGUGCAACAACCUAGUGAUGCUUGGCCAGUGUUCGAUCUCAGAGAGAAAGAGAGAGAGCAUUCGAGUACAUCCUCCAUGCCUGUUGUCUCGGCUGGCGAGAAUCCACAGCAUGAACUGGCAAUAAGUGACUAUAUUAGUUACUACCUCACUAUUACAAGUCAUACACUUUCGAAUAGCAGCGAUGUGUAUUCGCAAGUGAUUUACACUCAUAUCUUGAUGUUCGGUGCUGCCUCACCAGCAAUAGUAUCUUCCGGUCAGCAGCGGAAGUAGGAUGUCGCGGGAAUCGCAGCUUUCAUGGUCGCUACUGGCAUAUCACCCCAGGCUUUACGUCAGGAUGAUGAUGUCCGUGGUAAUAGUGGCGACGCUGCUGUGCGGCAGCGCCCUGCUUAAGAAUCAGAUACUACACUUUUCAACAAGACCGUCCAGACUGAAGCUCAAGACCUGCUUGCCGAGGAACAACGUCGCCUUUCUCAAAACACACAAGUCUGCGUCCUCCGCCAUUCAGAAUAUUCUUUUUCGCUAUGGCGACAAACACAAUCUCCACUUCGCAUUGCCGAAUAUUGGAAACCACUUUGGCGGAAAACUUUCUUUCAAGGCUGCUAUGGUGCGUUCCUCUCCGCUCAACAUAGCGCCCAAUAUCUUCGCCAUUCACACGAAGUGGGACCACAUGGAGGUGAAAAAAGUUAUGCCUGAAGACACCGUCUUCUUCACCAUUGUCAGGGAACCCACAGAUCUCUUCCAGUCGCUUUUCACUUACUCAAAAUUUCAAGAGAUAACGGGUUUAUCUCUGCACGAGUACGUGAGGAGAGUACCGGCUAAUUCUAGCAGACUAAAUGGCAUCUUUGGCUACAACCAGAUGUCAUGGGACUUCGGGAUGCCGCUAGAGGAUAUGAACAACCGUAGUGCCAUCCAUGAACUGGUGAAGCAAGCUGACGAACAUUUCGGGCUGGUGCUGGUGAUGGAGAGAAUAGAUGAGUCACUGGUGUUGCUGGCCGAGUACCUGUGCUGGGAGUUGAGCGACGUGUUAAUGCUGAAGGUUAACUCGUUAAGGGACAAGUUGAAGCCUUCCAUCAGUGAAGAGACAAGGCAGGUGCUCCAUCAGAAGCUCGCCCCAGACUACCUGCUGUACAACCACUUCCUGGAGAGGUUCAACCAACAGGUGAAAGAUUUUGGCCUAGUCAGGAUGGCAGCGGCAGUGGCCAGACUGCAGGAGCUGAUGAUGGAACUUGUCAGUACGUGUAACUUCGUCAGGAAAGAUGCUUCAGAGCUCAGAGGGGGGCAGAAGCCGUACUCAAAUAAGGUGGACGGAUUCGAAAGUGGAGGAGGAGGAAGCUGUGAUAAGUACACUCUCACUGAGAAAUCGUACAUCAAUGUGCUGAGGAAGAAGCAACAGAGGACCAUAGCUGAAAAGUUCAGGCAGUCAUCAGAGGAGAGCCGUAAAUGGACAAGAAAGGAGGUAGAUUCACUAAUAAUGAAGAGGCUACCAACUAUAAUAAAUGAAGAAAACAAGUAAAGCUAGAAAAAAAAUAAUGAUGUACAGUUGAAGGAGACACCCAAAGGUAAUAUGGAAACUGUUAAUUGUUAGUACAAAAACUAUUCAAGUUAUAGAUAAAAUUAAACUUUUUUGGUGAACUACUUGAUGCAAAAGACAAGGAAGGAAGACAGAAUCUUAAAAUAAUUAACUGGUUCUUCAAAUCUUCCUGAGUUUUGUCUCUGUUUCUUAUAACAGGUUCUUAUAAAAAUUGUAUCUUGUUGAUCGUUUAAUAAUUAUUCUAUAUUAUGAAUAGGAAAAAUGGUCUUGAGAACUUAAUGUAUCAUCUUUUUAAGCUUUGAACACUGGUCUUAUGAGGAAACCAAUUGUUUCAGAAUACUAUAUUGUACUUUCAGUUAUGCUCAAUUUCAUAUCUUGUGAAAUAUAAACUCCUCCCUUAUCUGGCUGUAGGUGGAGCUCUAAGGUUUUCUUUAUAAGUUCGGUUAAAUUGUUGUACUAACACUGAUGUUUAGAAUAAUUUCACCUUUAUUGACACAUAUGGUGAAGCUUGAAUAUCGAGUGAGCUCAGUUUUUUCUGAUGCCUCCCCUUCCCCCUUCUCUCUACACCUCACCUCACAUGCCCUUCAUGUUGCCAAACACACACAGUGGCAGUGUCAAGGGGUUUUUGAGGGGAUUGAGACCCCUCAAUAAUGAGCCCUAUUCCAAAAUAUUGUUUACUUUGCUGUAAUAUCAGUUAAUUUUAGGAGGGGCAAGCAGCUGAACAUUGAUGUUAUUAUACACACAUUUGCUGCCAGUGACCAGAACAGGCAUAUAAUUUUAAAGUAACAUCUUGAUUUAAAGUUCCUGAGCUAUUUACCAUGCUCUUACUUCUACUAUUCUUUCUCAGAUUGUAUUAACUUCAUUUUGAAUAAUUCUUUUCAGCCAUGUUAACUACAUGCGUACACGUGUCUAUAUUUUAUUUCUUUUGAUAGAGUAGCUUUUACCUUAAUGGCAAUAGACAUUGAAAAUACAUUAUUCUGGAUUU